UCUCAGUGUCUUUUCGGGGCAAGAGCAUACUGUAAGAGAGUUCACAGCUUUCUGCCGACUGCAGAAACACACAGUUACAGGCUGCUGUUGAUGGAAAAAGGAAAAUUGCCUCCUCCAUAUUCACCAGUUGCCCCAAACAACAUACCCGGCCCAGGAAUGCAGGUCGCCUAUCAAACCCAGCCAGCUCCAAUGACCACCGUUUACCAACCUCAACCUCCCCAGAUGCAAGUCAUGCCUGCACCUCAGCCUGUAUAUAUGCCUGCUCCUGGACAGCCUGUGAUUCAGAUGGUCCAAAAUCCUCCGCCAGUCCAAGUGACACAGCCUGUAAUUCAUGUGGUCCAAGGUCCUCCGCCGGCCCAAGCUCCAGCGGCUCCUGCUCCGGCUCAGGCUGUAAUUAUUCCACCACAUCUGACUACUGCUGCGGGACGAAUGAAAUGUCAUUACUGCCAGAAGGAGGUCGUGACAGAGGUAAAAUAUGUCAAUGGCAUGUUGGUGUGGGUCCUCGUUGGAACUCUUGGCCUUUUAGGGAUCUGGCCGUGUUGUUUGAUUCCUUUCUGUGUGAACGGCUGCAAGGAUGUAAAGCAUACCUGUCCCAACUGCAAAACCAUCGUCAGUGUGUACAAACGCAUGUAGCUUGCUCUGAAACAAAGAAAAUCUGAUAGACCAACAUAAAAACUUUGAGUGUCUUUAGGGGGAAAGCAUGGUUGGUUGCAGCACUUCUUGCAUUUCCUUCUGUUUCUCAGAGACUGUGUGUGUUAGAAAAAACUAUUGUAAUGCUUUGAACCUACAUCUGUCAGUUGUAAUAUGUGAAUAUAUGAUAAUAUAUGUACAAAUUGCUCUUAAGCAGACAAGAUCAAAUGCUAUAAUUGACCCCAAACAGGGGUUCUUUAAAAUUAUUUUAAGAAAUAAAUCUGUAAAAUAACAGAAAAAAAGUGGCACCAUUAAUUUUGUUCAUUUUUAUUCAUUAUAAAAUAUAAUAAAAUGUUGUGACAAAUACAUGUAAAAAAAGUAAAUACAGUAAAGCAAAAUGUUUGUUGUACAAUAAUUAAUUUCCCUAAAAUUAAUACAGUUAGGUGUGCCUUGUAUUUAAAAAAAAAAUUCAGUGCAUGCUAAAAAAGUUGUACUCUAUACAGCUACCCUUUACUGUAGUUACCUCCAAAAAGAUUUCUGUGCCCCUCUGGCCACCUUUAUUUCCAGGACACCCUGAUGACAUUUUCAAUAUGCACAAUAAAGACAAUUA